AUGCCUGAUUCCGAGUCUUCCUUGACAACGAAGGCUAUACCUUCAUCAAAAACUUCCCUGUCCACUGCUGAAGGUAGUAAGACUCGCUUACUUCCACCGAUUAACUUAACAUUCCCAUAUGCCGCGCAACCAGAUAUCAUUAUUUCAAAUCAGAAGGAUGUUUACUAUCAAAAAGUAUUGGAAGAGCAAUUUUCCGAAGUUUUUCGAAUACUUUUCGGCACACGUAAACAACACUUAUAUCAGAAAGAGGUAAACCUGAUGUCAGAUCUUUUUUAUUUUUGUCUGACAACUUUGUUAGGCACUCAAACUUUAGGAGAAGAAUAUUGCGACAUAAUGCAAAUCUCGGAAUCAACCAAGAAAGUUCCUAUUAUUAGAAAACGCGCAACGUUAAUAUUUUGGCACGUGAUAUUUCCUUACUUUUACACUAAAGGGAUUAACAAAAUUCGCAGGAAUGCACGAUCGGUUCCUAAAGUAGAUUACCAAGUCCAAGAUAAUCCGUCAAACGAACAUGUCAAGUUGCGAGAAUUCGUUAGAAAUUCGGUCACGAAGAUUCAGUCUUUUUUCAAAAACCAUUUUCAUACGCUGCAUCUCGCUAUCUUUUAUUUUUACGGUGCUUAUUACGACUUAUCAAAAAGAAUAUUUACUAAACAACUGGGUCCGGGAGAACAACGUAUUGGAUACGAAGUUUUAGGAUUUUUACUUGCUGUUCAAAUUUUAAUUCAAGCCUACCUUUAUCAAAAAAAACGCACUGAAGAUUCUUCU